AUGAACCUGUGUGACGUAUGUAGAGAGUCCUUUUCCUGGACGGUCGCUAAUAAGCGCGAUCCCUCCCUCCCCAGUUCAAAGACCCACCAUCUUACUCAACGAGACUGGAUGCAGGCGGUUGAACAAGGCUGCAAUGUCUGUACAUUGCUGCACGAUGCGCUUCCACCUGGAAUGGCUGCUCACCUCGAGAAGCUUGAUCUCGAAACUCGGAAGAAUAUAGCCUGGCCUUUGGAAGAGUCUCUCGAUUCUUUCCUAAUAUGGAUAAAGCUCGCUAUUUCUCAUGAGCUCCCAAGUGUCGGGGUCUGUUUAGAAUUCAAUGCGGCAACGAAAGGUUUGGAAGGCCCGUUCCGAGAAUCAACCAACUUAGUUCUUAUGCAGCUAGACCUUGACCAUGGCUCCGUCGCGAGCCCUGUGUCGUUGCGAGAGAGUCCUUCGAGCGACUCGCGUACUGCUUGGGGUCUGAUGAAACACUGGAUCAGUCAAUGUAAGCAAAAACACCUAGAUCGCGGUCUACGGACUGGUGUCGCAGGACUAUGGUACCCAACUCGACUACUCGAUUUGGGACACCCCGAAUCAACAAGUACGCCACGGCUCAUUGAGACAGCUUUCAGCUUACCAAAAAGCCCUUACCUAACGCUCAGCCACUGCUGGGGAAAGAAGCAACUGAUCUGCGCCACGAAAGAAAAUCUGCAAAGUCUGUAUAGCGAUAGUCUAUGCAUCGUGCAAAACGAUCAGGAAGAUUGGGCUAGAGAAGCAGCUCUGAUGCACAGAGUGUAUACCGAGGCAGAUUGCAACCUUGCCGCGGCAGCGUCACGAGACAGCAGUGGAGGAAUGUUCUUCAGACGUCAGGGAUUGUACGGCCAAUGUGUCGUGAAAAACGUGCGAGGGGAUGUCAUUGACAUCUUUGCUGACCAAGACCUAUUCCUGAAGGAAGUCAACCGCUCCCCUCUACAGACGCGUGCAUGGGUAUAUCAAGAGUGGCUGAUGUCGAAAAGAACUAUCCACUUCGCCAAAAGCCAGGUCUUCUGGGAGUGCGAUCAUCUUUGCGCUUGUGAGGUCUUUCCUGACGGGCUUCCUAAUACCAUCAGACACGACGGAAAAGCAAAGUUUGCAGAAGACUUUGACAGCGCCAAACAUCUGUUGAGCCGAGAUAUGAAAGUAAAUGCAAGUCGUAUUCGUCCAGACCCGUUUCGGCUUUGGUCAGGCCUCGUUACCCACUAUACCUCUCGCGAUAUGACGAAGGCGAAUGAUCGAUUACCCGCCUUGUCCGGUAUCGCGAAAUGGCUACAGCCGCAUCUCGGAAAUCCGGGAUACCUGGCUGGUGUUUGGAACAACAGCGACAUUCAUCGCCAGCUCGCGUGGUACACAUACCAUACCAAGAAUCCAAGGCCGCAAUACAGGGCUCCGAGUUGGUCAUGGGCAUCAAUCGAUGGCCCCGUGUUUUGGUCAAAUGCGCCUGCCAUAUUUACUCCCCAGUCAGAAAUUCUCACUAUCUCGACGACUCGUGGCAGCAGUGAUCCCACAGGGUCAGUCACUGGCGGUCAUAUCCUGAUCAAAGGCAAUAUGGGCCGUGUACAAAUCAUUGACCACGAGUCGCGCCCGGUUCUGCGCAGAGAGGACGAUGUAACAGAGAGUUAUAGGUGUUAUGUUACGUUCCGCGGAUUUGAUGUCAGCAGCCUCCAGUUUGGCCUGUACUACGUACUGCACCUUGGCACAGAGACCAUCCAACCCCGCAAGAUACAUUCCUCAUCUUCGGGGGAGGACUGCUUUUCCGCUACAUAUUUAGUUCUUCGACCUGUGAUUGGAGAACAUGGUGCCUUUGAGCGAUGUGGGCUUGUCGACGAGUGUUAUCCUGUUGACAGUGAACAUCGAACACUGGCAGACCGAGGACCACAGAGUAGACAAGAUAUACCUUGCGAAGAGUAUGUUGAGGAUGAAGGAAAUUACAGGAUUCGUAUAGUCUAG